CCGUCGUUGAAUACGCAUCGUAUCGUCGUCGGAAUCGUGAUACGCGUUGGAAAGAGCGAUAAGGAACGCGCCAUCUCCGAAUUCUCGUCAAAACGCGUUCUCGCUGCUGCUCGGAGUGGUUCUACGGUUGGUGAGCGUUCUGUUGUUCUGGUCGGGUUGUUCGGAAAGUGUGCCCAGCGUAGCGGAGCCGUCGUUGCCAUAGCGACCGUGGAAUAGAAAGGUGCUAUCUCGGUGUGCAAGUGAUUUUCCGACCUGCUCUCUGCUGCAGUGCGUUGUGUUGCCCUACAUAUCACCUAAAGUUCAGUGCACUUACUGGAGUCUGUAUUUGGGAGUGCAAGUUUUUGGAGUGCGACGAAUCGAAAAGAAUCCCUAAAAAUAUCUUCUUGAAAGCAAACACCGCCCUUGCAGCCCCCUCCAAAAUGCCUUCGCUGGGAAUAUCGUGCGUGCGCUAUCUGGUGUUCUUCUUCAACUUCUUGUUCGCGAUCACUGGCGGAAUUGUGGUCAUAACUGGAACCGUCAUCCAGUCGUACUACUAUCAUUACUCCAACUUUGUCGGCGAGAGCUUCUGGACCGCACCGAUUGUGCUGAUUGUGAUUGGAUCGAUCAUCUUCGUGGUGGCAUGCUUCGGAUGCUGUGGUGCCGCCAAGGAAAGUCCUUGUAUGAUAAUAACGUUCUCCAUCUUCCUCGGGGUGGUAUUCCUGGUUGAGAUCGGUAUUGGCGUCGCCGGUUAUUACAAGCACGAGCAACUGAGCGGCAUCCUGGAGAAAGGCUUCAACAAAACCCUUGAAAGCUACCCGAACGAUAAGGGGGCUCAGGAAGCUUGGAAUCUGGUACAGUCGGAGAUGCAGUGUUGUGGCAUCAAUGGGCCGGAAGACUGGGAGCCAAUCUACAAGAACGACACCGUACCGAGGGCUUGCUGUCACCGGAUGCCGAUGGGGGUGACCAAGUGCACCCGGGAGUACGCAUCUACGGAGGGUUGCUUCUCGAAGCUCUCCAGCUUCCUCGGCUCUAAGUCGCUCAUCUUGGCCGGUAUCGGCAUUGGAUUGGCAAUCGUACAGCUCAUCGCGGUCCUGCUGGCAUGCUGCUUGUACGGUUCAUUCCGGCGCCAGUACGAAACUGUCUAAAUUGUGAAAAACUCAACAAUAAACAGGGAGCGAGAGACGAAACAUUCCAAUUCAAAGACAUCCUUUACGGAAUGAACUGCUGUUGCGAUAUCAACGAAACAAAUUCGAAACCUUUAACCGAUAGGUGGAUGAACUGAAGUACCGAUCAAUCAAAACACUCUAGAACCCAGAAUACAGAAACAGUAUAGUA